AUGAACGGUACGGACCUCCCGCUCCGCACUGCCAUUGUCCGACUCCCUGCUGGCUCUGUCAAGGCUCGUCAUCUCGCUCCCUCUCCCAAACGUGUUGCGUUGGUUCCCGUGCUCGCAGUCGCGCGAUUCGACUUCUCGCAUGGGGACUCGGACUAUCACCAAACCACGCUGGACAACCUUCGCGCGGCCAUGCGCAAGACGAAGAAGCUUUGUGCGGCGCUCGUUUAUGCCGUCUUUCUCGAUGCUGGAGAUUCAACUUGUGGGUGUCUGCGUCCUGUGGCGGUUUCUUACCCUCUUCCUUUCUCCCUUCCUGCCAACGUCGCCCCUCGCCAUCGUGUGAUGUUUGACACGAUGGGGCCGGAGAUCACGAUCCACAACGCGUCGGGCAGCCCCAUCUCGCUCACGGCCGGCGACUCCAUCACCAUCACGCCCAGCCCCUCCGCCGCGCCCAUCUCCUCGCAGCUGCUCCCCAUCAACUUCAAGGGCCUCGCCAAGGCAGUGAAGCCGGGAGAUGAGAUCUUCGUGGGGCAGUACCUGUUCACGGGCAGCGAAACCACCUCCGUCUGGCUCGAGGUCCACGAGACGAAGGGCGCUGAUGUGAUCUGCUUCGUUAAGAACAGUGCCACGCUGGCGGGCACUGUGUUCACGGCCCACGUGGCACAGGUUGCCUCUCUCUCUUCCCUGUCUCUGUUCCAUAGUUGUCCUCUCGUCUCCACGCCCCUCGUGUCACCCGUGUCGUCCCCCCAUCACCCGCACCCCUGGGCGGCACAGGUGCGCAUAGACCUGCCGACGCUGACGGAGGAGGACAAGCGGCUGAUUGCCACGUGGGGGCAGCGCAACAGCAUCGACAUCAUCUCCCUCUCCUUCACACGCCACGCUGACGACGUCCGCCAGGCGCUGUCUCAUGUGCUCUCAGGUGCUGCAUCAUUCUCUGUCAUGGUGCUGUCGCAGGCCCGAGCACUGCUGUCGAAGCUGGGCGAUCUCUCUCAGACGCAGAUCUAUGCCAAGAUUGAAAACAUGGAGGGAUUGAAGCACUUUGACGAGAUUCUUCAGGAGGCAGACGGCAUCAUCCUCUCACGAGGCGAUUUGGGCAUUGACCUCCCAGCAGAGAAGGUGUUUCUGUUUCAGAAGGCGGCCAUCUUCAAGUGCAACAUGGCGGGCAAGCCAUCCAUCAUCACGCGUGUCGUCGACACCAUGACAGACACGCCGCGCCCCACCAGAGCCGAGGCCACCGACGUUGCCAACGCCGUGCUUGAUGGCACGCACACGGUGCUGCUGGGAGCGGAGACGCUGCGAGGGCUGUACCCCGUGGAGACCGUCAUGACCGUGCGCAAGAUCUGCGCUGAGGCGGAGAAGGUGUACAACCAGCAGCUCUACUUCAAGAAGACGGUCAAAUACGUGGGCGAGCCCAUGAGCCACAUCGAAUCCAUCUGCUCCUCUGCAGUGCGUGCGGCAGAGAAGGUGCGCGCGUCAACCAUCGUGGUCUUCACGUCGUCAGGCCGCACAGCUAGGCUGGUGGCCAAGUACAAGCCCACGAUGCCCACGCUGGUGGUGGUGGUGCCGCGCCUCAGCACCAACCAGCUCAAGUGGAGCUUCACUGGUGCCUUCCAGGCCCGCCAGUGCCUCGCCAUUCGAGGCCUCUUCCCCAUGCUCGCCGACCCACGCAACCCGUCGGCGAGCAACAUCACGACGAACGAGACGGUGCUGAAGAUGGCGAUGGAGAAGGGCAGGGAGAUGGGCCUCAUGCGCGCUCAUGACCGCGUCGUCGUCGUGCAAAAGCUCGGCGACUCCUUUGUUGUGGAUGCCAUAGUGUACCUCGUCGACGCUGCCGAUAAGGAGAGAUUCAUCGAGUCGAAGAAGGAACUCGAUGGACUACUUUCAGACGACUCCCUGGCUCUCGUGCCGUUUCUGAUCUUGGGAAACAAAAUCGACAUUCCAACUGCCGCAUCCGAAGAUGAGCUUCGUUAUUCCCUGGGCCUGACCAACUACACGACAGGGAAGGGCAAGGUAAAUUUGGCAGAGUCCAACAUCAGACCGAUUGAAGUCUUCAUGUGCAGUGUGGUGCGUAAGAUGGGAUAUGGUGAGGGCAUUAAGUGGCUUUCGCAGUACAUCAAGUAG